AUGGAUCCCAACGCUACCACGACAUCGGCCCCUACGGCCGCCAACACCGGCUAUCCCGUCUUACAGAGCCACCGCCAACAACAGACCCAGCACCAGCAGCAACACUACGGCCAGCAGUUUCCUUUUCAUCCCGGCGCUUUCCCCCAGACCAAGACUCCGUCCCAGCAACAUUCUUUCGGUGCGGUACCCUUUUCGCAACCUGGCGGCCCCGGUGGAGCUAUCAUGCCAGCCGCUGGAGGAUUUCCCCAGCACUCGUCCGCAGGACCCCACGCGAACUUUACAGCACCUUUCGUUCAGCCUCCUGUUCCCUCGAGCAUGAACCAUUUCCUCCCACCUCAGGUUUCCUCUUCGACACCAAAUCCCCCGUCGACCGUAGCGCAAACAUUUUCGCAGAAUAUGGCCUCGAUGUCGGCGAAUAAUAUGAUUUCUGCACAGCAGCAGAGACCUUUCCAGCAGCAACCGCAGCAACCGCAGCCGCAGCAACAACCACAACAUCCACAACAACCGCAACAACCGCAACAACCGCAACAACAGACCCAACAAGCACAACCGCAGCCGCAGCCGCAGCAGCAACAGCAACAGCAACAGUCAGCGGCGCCCUUCCAAGGAACACCCCAGCAAACGGCGACCCAAUCCGGUCCCGCAGCGGCCCGGGAGAAAGCGCGUGUCGCCGUCCUCUUGGAGCUGAACUCGAUGCUGCUUCAAGAAGUGGUGAACCUCCAAGUCGCAGGCAAGGCCGGAGCACCCCCUCAACAACAGGGUUCGCAGGAAUCGAACCCCUCCCCCGGAUCCGACCAGGGCGCCAGCCCCGCGCAAAAACCCAGCCCCGAAUACAUCGAGUGCAUGCGCCGGUUACAAGCAAACCUUGCUUAUCUUGCGACUAUCGCCGACCGGGCGAAGAAGUCGGGCGGUGUUCCUCCGCCAGCGCCUGCUAUUAUGACGCCGCCUCCAAAUAUGCCGUCUAUGGUGGAGGUCUAUAACAAACUUAAUGAGUUGUUCCCAAGGCCCAACAAGGGUGGGAUUGGGACGCCGCAGCCAAGUCCGCAGGGUCUUCCUGGUAAUGGGAAACCUAGUCCGUCGCCGGCUGCGGAGUCUGUGGUUUGA